CGCGAACACUCGCUUUAUUUGGCCUUGUAGACAGCAGUCCACGUUGUGUUGCGUGACGUUGGAGUGCCGCCGUCUUCUUUCCUCCCUCAGUUUUGUUUCAAAUGGCUACUACUCAGCACUAUCUCUGGGCCUCGGGUCACUUUUUGUUGCUCCUGGCCUCGCUCCGAUAUUUCCUCGCUUGGGUCACCUUCAAGAGUGUUUCGGCGUGGUGGUUCAAAGCAAGUUUCACGGGUGCUCUCAUGAGCUACGCGAUUGUUUGCCAGAAAUCUCUAGGAGUGCGUUUCAUGUGCAGUCCUAUGUAGCUGUCCUUAUCGAUGACUGGUUAUAGACACCCCAGCCCAACGCCGCCUUCGUUCGGCGAGCGCUACUCGAUGAGAACGUUCAAUACUUCCUCCUAGCUUUCUUCUGGUGGUCGUCCAAGCCUAUCACCAUCACUCUCCUCCCCUACGCCAUCUUUUCGUUAUUCCAUGCCCUGACGUUUACUCGUACGACUCUUAUGCCCCAGUUCCUGGCGCCUGGACCUCCGUCUACUGCCGGGGGCCCGCCCACACCUCAUCCUCUCGCUAAGAAGCUGCAAGCAUGGGUCAAGGCGAACUACGACACCGCCAUGAAAGUGGUCGCAUACACCGAGCUCCUCAUCUUCAUCCGUGUUACCCUGGGUGCCAUCACUUUCCAGAACUCUCUCCUCUCGCCCCUGAUCUUCGCUCAUUUCCUGCGUCAACGCUACUACCAGUCUGCGUUCACCCGUGAUGCCGUUGCAAACGCCACUGGUCGCAUUGACGCGCUUGUCCGUAAGCCUGGCAAUCCCCCGGUGGUUGUUCAGGUUUGGGACAAGGUUCAGAUGCUCGUCGGUCGGUGGGUUGGGUCGACCCUGGCCCCGAAUCCGGCUGGCGCUGCUGCCGGACAGUGAUUGACACUGGAUGAAAACAUUAGACUCGCGAACGGUUGGACGCGCUGCGUAGAAUGAUGUUCUGUGAUCGAAUACGCGCCAAUGCUAGUGAUGACUGACUGUAUGACGCGUAGUCGAGUUGUGGAGUGCUAUCUGUCUAUUUAACGCGGGGUCUUGUCUCUUGUUGUAACAUAAACAUGGCGCCCACUAUCGCACACGCAGUCUCUGAAUUUCUCAACAGCCUUACUGGCAUCUUCUUCUCGCUGCUCAAUUCCAUAUUGGCAGUCCUCCAAGCCUUCAUCGUACUCGGGAAGGAUGUUCUCAGCGCCUGUGUCCAGUUGGUACAAAGUGUGAUAUCCUUCGGCACAGGACUGCUUCAAGGCGCCUUUGGGUUUGUUGCCGCCAACUUCCUAGCUCUUGCGGUGAUCGGAGGAGGCUACUAUAUAUACACGACGGGGAAUAAGAAGGGCACCGGGAAACGCAGAGCAUAAUUUGCGAAGACUGUACAGUAUGGGAAUGGGAGCAAGUAUGUUGUAGUGGAAGUACUCAUAUGGCAUGCGCAGAGGACAUUUUGUUGUGAUAUGAUCAAUUCCAUGCCAGGCAAACAAACAUUGAAAGUCACCUUUCCUCUUCUCUUCCUCUCCAAGACUUGAACCAGUGGUGUGCCUGGCGGGCCAGUGAUCCAUGUCUUCGCGAAUCCCUGUUCCCGCGUCGCACGCUCUUCCUGCUCGCAAUUUCUCUCCCGUACCGUUUUCGCCCGAACGCGAACAGUCCCAGCGCAGUACUUCCAUGUCGACGCUAUCCACCAGUCAGCAGCCGUUCCCCGGCUCUGUAGCGGAGACACGCAGGAAGCAAUCGAAGCGGGACGAGGCCAUUCGCAAAAAAAUCGAGUCUGAACUCUCUCGGAAGCGCACUAUUUCUACGACGAACAGCAUGCGAAGCAACAAGCGUGGCAGCAAAGUCUUUGCAGCGAAGGGGACCGUGGCCGCUUUGCGUCCGAGCCCCGCGUUGACCGUGCCCGAGAGCAUCACUGUUUCGGAAGCUAGUCAACUUUGCGCCGCGAAGCGCACGGACUGCGUAUUGGUCGUCGACGACGAGGAGGGGUUAAGUGGUAUCUUCACCGCGAAGGAUAUGGCGUAUCGCGUCACCGCGGAAGGCCUCGAUCCUCAUACUACACAAGUCCACCAGAUCAUGACCCGGAACCCUAUGGUAACCCGGGAUACGACCAGCGCGACUGAAGCUCUCCAGCUCAUGGUGUCCAAACAUUUCCGACACCUUCCCGUCUGUAACGAGGAGGGGAAUGUUGUUGGAUUACUGGACAUCACCAAGGUGUUCCACGAGGCUCUGGCCAAGGUGGAGCGCAGUUCAGUAGCCUCUGAACAGUUGUUCGCUGCCAUGGCCGGCGUUCAAUCGGAGCUCGGUGCAGCCAGUGCCAAUCCUCAAGCAGCAGCCAUGCUAGCAUGGGCGGAGAAGCUCCGCGAGAAGACUGCACUCCCCGAUUUGACCACGGUCAUGGACGUGCGGUCCCACCCAGCCACGGUCGGCCCGAAGACGACCGUUCGGGACGCAGCGCGCCUGAUGAAGGAGCGAAGGACCACCGCCGUUUGUGUCAUGGAGACUGUUCACCCUAUCGCUCCUGGCCAAGUCCCCAUGGAGAAGAUUGCCGGCAUCUUCACCAGCAAGGACGUCGUUCUGCGAGUUAUUGCUGCUGGCCUGGAUUCUGCCAGAUGCAGCGUGGUCCGGGUGAUGACACCCCAUCCAGACACUGCUCCGCCGACGAUGACUGUCCACGAUGCCCUCAAGAAGAUGCAUAAUGGACAUUAUCUCAACCUGCCUGUAGUGGAAGAAGAUGGACAGUUGUCGGCCAUCAUCGACGUUCUGACUCUGACCUACGCGACGUUGGAACAGAUGAACUCGAUGGCCGGGGGUGAUAACACUUCUUCCUCUGGCGAAGGAGAAGGCGGACCGAUGUGGGGACGUUUCUUCGACUCGAUCGGACAUGACGACAACGACUCGUACCUAUCUGGCUCACGUGCAACGCCCGAGAUACAUUCGCUGUCUUCCAUGCACCAGCUGCGUGCUCCGCAGUCCCCUCACUCGGAGGUGCACCCCAACGACUCAGCGUCUGUCAUCGACGACGAAGCCUCGGCCAUGGGGGGCUACCCUGGCGUUCCUUCGAUCACGGGCCUCCCUCCGGCCGUCGACGACGGGACCUAUGUGUUCAAGUUCCGGACUCCCAGCGGCCGCACUCACCGAUUCCAGGCUCGGCACGACAAUGUCGAGCAUCUGCGGGAGAUCGUCGCCGGCAAGUUGGCGACAGAUCCUUUCUUCACCGAAUUCAAGUCGACUUCCGAUCCGACUGUGAUCCCAGAUCCGAUCGACUUCCACCUCUCCUACACCGACGCCGACGGAGACAGCGUCUUCAUCACUUCCGACCACGACGUCAUCGACGCUGUCAAGAUCGCGCGCAAUUCCCAUGCGGACCGCGUCGUUCUCGUCAUUCAUGGGGGCAAGGGAUGGGGCAAGGCCGACAGCAAGCCGGAGCCCGUGCCGGAAGUGCCGGUCACCCCUCCGGUUGUUGUUCCCGAGGUUGAGGCUGAGGUUGUCAAAUCCGUGCUUGAGAACAAAGCGGUUCCCAAAGAGCAGAUUCCAGACGAUGUGAUGGGCAUCUCGAAGGAUCUGCUCCUUCCUGCUAGUAUCGUCACACUUGCUGUGGCCAUUGUUGCUGUCUUCGCCGUCUCUCGUAUGACCGCUUCGAGGUACUAAUCUGUUUACGAAUCCGCUACGAACAAAUUAUAUGAUUUGGCUUAGAACUACGUACAAGUAAUUUGGAUAGUGGGGUGCUUACAAUCAAUUCUGUUCCGAUCAGAUCAUGAAGCCGAUCAAAGUUCGUGAAUGCAUCCGCUUCGGUAACGCACUUGCUCUCGACU